UUGGGUCAGAACAGGGCGUCCGGGAACUUACCUUCCCAGCGACCAGUUUGACAGGGCGGGGCGCCUCGCGAAGAUGGUGGGGCGCGCGGCGUGUGGCUCCCGUCGCCUGCCCCGAGCUCCGUGCGGCGCACCGGCCAGCGUCCCGCUGAUCUGGAGCGCGUGCCCGCCAGGCCCCUGACCCCGCGCCCCCCGCCUAGCACGCACUCCUGCUUCCCAGCAUGCCCCGCGCCCGGAAGGGCCAGGCGCCCCGCAAGGGCGGCGGGCACCGCGGCGGAGGUGCCCGGAGCAGUACCCAAGCCGACUCAGGUUCCAGCGAGGACGAUGCAGCCAGCGAGGCCCGCAGCACCACCAGCGAAAGCCCCAGCCUUGUCAGCACCACCGCUGACGACAGCCUGGGGGGGGUUGCCGUGGAUGAGCAGGGCCCGCAGGAAGACCUUGAGGAAAAGCUAAAGGAAUAUGUGGACUGCCUCACAGACAAGAGUGCCAAGACCCGGCAGGGAGCUCUGGAGAGCCUGCGCCUGGCUCUCGCCUCCCACCUCCUCCCUGACUUCUUGCUGGAGCGCUGCCUCACACUAGCUGAUGCUCUGGAAAAGUGCCUCAAGAAAGGGAAGGGUGAGGAGCAGGCCCUGGCCGCCACCGUGCUCGGCCUGCUGUGUAUCCAGCUGGGCCCCGGAGCCCAGGGCGAGGAGCUGUUCCGCAGCCUGCAGCCCCUGCUGGUCGCGGUGAUCGGCGAUGGCACGGCUAGCCCCGCCGCCCGGCUGCACUGCGCUUCUGCUCUUGGCUUGGGCUGCUACGUGGCUGCCGCCGACAUCCAGGACCUGUUGUCCUGCCUGGCCUGCUUAGAAGGCGUUUUCAGCCGGCACUGCGGUGCAGGUGGCUCUGCCACCGCCGCCACCGUGAGCCCCGCCAGCAUUCAGGGCCUGCUCUGCGCUGCCCUGCAGGCCUGGGCCUUGCUGCUCACCAUCUGCCCCAGCUCCCACGUCAGCCACAUCCUUGACAGGCAGCUGCCCUGGCUGCCCCAGCUCUUGGCCAGUGAGAACGUGAACCUGCGGAUCGCGGCCGGCGAGACCAUCGCGUUGCUCUUUGAGCUUGCCCGGGACCUUGAGGAGGACUUCACCUACGAGGACAUGGAGACCCUCUGCGGGGCCCUGCGCGCUCUGGCCACCGACGGCAACAAGCACCGGGCCAAGGCCGACCGCCGGCGCCAGCGCUCCAUUUUCCGUGCCGUGCUGCACUUUAUCGAGUGCGGGCCCUGUUCCCCGCAGGGCGGGGAGUGCGAGGAGGAGAAGGUCCGCUUUGGGUUUGAAGUGCUCUACGUGGACAGCUGGGCGCGCCACAGGAUCUACGCGGCCUUCAAGGAGGCGCUGGGGUCCGGCCUGCACCUCCACCUCCAGAACAACGAGCUUCUCCGGGAGGUGUUCGGCCUGGGCCCCGUGCUGGUGCUGGACGCCUCUGCCCUGAAGGCCUGCAAACUCUCCCGCUUUGAGAAGCACCUGUACAACGCCGCCGCCUUCAAGGCCCGGACCAAGGCCCGCAGCCGCACGCGGGACAAGCGGGCCGAUGUCCUGUGACGCCGCCCACCGAGGUGCCCGCGCCCUGGCCGUGCUUUUAACCGAAGACGGUGCAAGAACUGGCCCCUGCCAGUGAUUGUCACUUUAUUUUUUUAAUGAGGAAACCGGAACACAGAACCCAGGGUGGGAGGAGAGGGGCGAGCGCCCUUCGAGGCCCCUCUGCCCCCCGCCCGCCGCACCCGCAGCCUCUUCCUGCCCAUCUCAGGGUGCCUGCGGACCCGAGGGGCGGGCGGGCGGUAAGGGGGGGUGUCCCUCUUCUUCCUUAGGCCUUGCUCUCCCAGGGUGGCUUCCUUUGGGGGAUCGGUGCCUGCACAGGCACCCCCACCGCCGGUGGGAAGGUAAAGAAAGAGAUGCUUGGAAUGGAAUGGUGUGCUGGUUUUUAAAGAUGACAUGUAACUGCUUGGC